AUGACCUACAACUGCUGCUCUGGAAACUUCUCCUCCCACUCUCUCAGGCACUGCCUGCCCUCCUCACGUUUCUCCUGUAGUUCUUCCUAUCCCAGCAACCUGGUCUACACCACUACCAGCUGCUCUCCCAGCACCUGCCAGCUGGGAUCCUCUCUGAACACCAGCUGCCAGGAGACCUGCAUUGAGCCCAUCAGCUGCCAGAGGUCCUGUGUGGUGUCCAGCCCCUGCCAGAAGCCCUGCUACUACCCCAGGAGCUCCACACCUUGCAGUCCCUGCCAGGGAACAUAUGCUGGGUGUCUGGGCUUUGGGUCCAGGAGCUGCCGUUCCCUGGGCUAUGGAUCUAGAAGCUGCUAUUCAGUGGGUUGUGGAACCAGUGGCUUCAGAACUCUGAAUUGUGGAGUCUCUGGCUUCCCUUCCCUAGGUUAUGGGUACAGAUUCUGCUACCCAGCAUACUUGGCUUCUACUACAUUCCAACCUUCUUGUUAUAGAUCAUUCUGUGGCACUGCCUUCUAGAAAUUCAACUGUUAAGUCUCUGUAUCCUUACAAUAUCAAAAUCAAAUCUCUCUGUCCUGUAUGCAAUGUAUUAUACUCAUCUUCUACGAUUACCCUUUUGUCUUUGUACUAACAAUUCUUUCAUCCUCAACUUCUGUCAGAAUCUUAAAUUAAUGUGUCAUUCCAUAUUAUGCCUCAAAUUUUGUGCUAUUGAUACUCUACUAUUUGGUGUUCAUUCAAACCUAUUUGAAAACUGAAAUUUUAAUCCAAUAAA